AUGGAAAAGUAUGAGAAACUGGAGAAGGUAGGCGAAGGCACAUACGGCAAAGUCUACAAAGCCAAAGACAAAGUUACAGGCCAACUCGUCGCUCUGAAAAAAACACGACUCGAAAUGGACGAAGAAGGCGUCCCUCCUACUGCUCUCCGCGAGGUUUCUCUCCUUCAAAUGCUCUCACAAUCUCUCUACGUCGUCCGCCUCCUUUCCGUCGAACACGUUGACGCCAAUAGUCCUAACUCCAAUCUCGAUGACUCCAAUCCCUCUAAGCGCAAUCAUAACAACAACAAAUCCAAUCUCUACUUGGUUUUCGAAUAUCUCGACACGGAUCUCAAAAAAUUCAUCGAUUCUCACCGCAAAGGUGCCAACCCUAGGCCCCUCUCGCCUUCGCUGAUACAGAGUUUUCUGUUCCAGCUUUGUAAGGGAGUUGCUCACUGUCAUAGCCACGGUGUGCUUCACCGCGAUCUCAAGCCUCAGAAUCUGCUUCUUGAUCAGGAGAAAGGGAUUCUCAAGAUUGCUGAUUUGGGAUUAGGUCGUGCCUUCACCGUGCCUCUUAAGAGUUAUACCCACGAGAUUGUUACUCUUUGGUAUAGGGCUCCUGAGGUGUUGCUUGGUUCCACUCAUUACUCCACUGGCGUCGAUAUGUGGUCCGUCGGAUGUAUCUUUGCUGAAAUGUCGAGAAGGCAAGCUCUGUUUCCUGGUGACUCUGAGUUUCAACAAUUGCUGCAUAUUUUCAGGCUGUUAGGAACACCGACUGAAGAGCAGUGGCCAGGAGUUACUGCUCUGAGAGAUUGGCAUGUCUAUCCGAGAUGGGAGCCUCAAAACCUUUCCCGAGCUGUUCCAUCUCUGGUACCUGAAGGGGUGGACCUCUUAUCGAAGAUGCUCAAGUAUGAUCCAGCCGAAAGAAUCUCAGCCAAAGCAGCUAUGGAGCAUCCCUAUUUCGAUAGCCUUGACAAGUCUCAAUUCUGA